ACCAUGUCCGAGACCCUCCAGCUGCCCGCGCUGCAGAUCCAGGGCCCGGCAGACGGGGAGUGUAACGGAUCCGUGGCGGAUCCGGCCCUGUCCAGCUCGUCUCUGCGCCGCAAGCGCUUUAAAAUGCGCCGUAUGAAGAACGUCAUGAGUGAGAAAGAGCAGGAACAUCUUCAGAGUUCCGGCUCCAAGGAGUACCUGCAGCUCCCGUCCAUUGAGAUCACGCCGUCCAGCGACGAGGACGCGGCGUGGUCGAGCUGUUCCACACCCAGCGCCUCUCCCCAACGCAGACGCUUCCUCCUGCGCAAGUGGCUGAGAGGAGGAGAGAAAAAAGAGCACGGCAGUGAGAGCAGCAGUCAGCAGAGCAGCCUGCAGAGCAGUCAUGAGGAAGAGUCCACACGCUACCUGAGCCCCAACACCCGCGAGGACAGCACUGCCAGUAACUCGAACCGCAGCACGCCGGCCUGCUCACCCGUCCUGCGUAAACGCUCGCGCUCCCCGACGCCCCAGAGUCCAGAGGGAGAGAACAUGGUGGAAAAGAACUCCGAUCAUUCUUCCGAUAAAUCCCCUUCCACCCCGGAUCAAGCCGUCCAGCGCACUUACAGCCAGUCGCUUUACAACACCCGCACCGGAGGAAAGAACUCCAAGUCCCACAAGAGACUGUCUAAAAAAAGUCAAAGCUGGUAUAACGUUUUGAGCCCCACGUACAAGCAGCGAAAUGAAGACUUCAGGAAGCUCUUCAAGCAGCUGCCCGACACGGAGCGCCUCAUUGUGGACUACUCCUGUGCCCUGCAGAGAGAUAUCCUCCUGCAGGGCCGCCUCUACCUCUCUGAAAACUGGAUCUGUUUCUAUAGCAACAUAUUCCGCUGGGAAACGCUGCUGACCGUGAAGUUGAAAGAUGUUUGUUCCAUGACGAAGGAGAAAACGGCUAGACUCAUCCCCAACGCCAUCCAGCUGUGCACAGACAAUGAAAAGCACUUUUUUACCUCAUUCGGGGCAAGAGAUCGGACGUACAUGAUGAUGUUCAGACUCUGGCAGAAUGCUCUACUUGAAAAGCCAUUGUGUCCCAAAGAGCUGUGGCAUUUUGUCCAUCAGUGUUAUGGGAAUGAACUGGGUCUGACCAGUGACGAUGAAGAUUAUGUACCUCCUGAUGACGACUUCAACACCAUGGGGUACUGUGAGGAGAUUCCCGCUGAAGACAACGAGGCCACUGACAACUGUCCCAAAACCCAAGACGCCAAAAUGGACAUCAGCCCUCAGCUCCACAGGAAGGUUUUCCUCAAUAGCAGUCUCAAUUCCACAGACAGCACAGACGCUCCGGUCAAUUUUGAUGUGCCCCCAGUGGAGGACUUUACUGGCUGCGUCCCAGAAGACCUCCUGCCCCUGCCUUUACCUGACAACAUGCUGUCAGAGACCAGUGGCUCUGCCCAUGUUCCCGCCCCAUCCCCCUCCCUAGAUUUCAAUGACAACGAGGACCUCCCCACUGAACUGAGCGACUCCUCAGAAACACACGAUGAGGCGGGGGAAGUGCAGGCCUUCCAGGAAGAUCUGAAUGGGAAAUUGUACAUUAAUGAAGUGUAUAUGUUCAGUGUGGAAAAACUGCACGACAUCCUCUUCGCUGAAUCCCAGUUCAUGAGAGAGUUUCUGGAGCAGAGGCGCUUCUCAGAUGUGGUCUAUCACCCCUGGAGGAAAGAGGACACCGGUCAGACCAGAGAGAUCAGGUACACCAUCGCCCUCUCCAACCCACUGGCCCCAAAGACGGCCACAGUCACAGAGACACAGACUUUGCACAAGGCCAGUCAAGUGAGCGAGUGCUACAUCAUCGACGCAGAGGUGAUUGCUCACGAUGUCCCAUAUCACGAUUACUUUUACACGCUCAACCGCUACAUGCUCACUAGGGUCGCCAAGAACAAGUGCCGUCUGAGAGUAUCAGCUGAACUACGCUACAAGAAGCAGCCGUGGGGAUUAGUCAAGGGCUUCAUUGAGAGAAACUUCUGGAGUGGCCUGGAUGAAUAUUUUAGGUAUUUAGAGCUAGAGUUGAGUAAGCUGGUGCUUUCUGAACCUCACAAACAGUCUCCCAGAUCCAAAGCUUUACACACAGCUCCAGUGAGGCGGAGGAAGCGACCCAUGACACACAUGAGGCAGCAGCACAUGGACGAGGCGCUCAGCCCCGUCACCACACCUGAGGAUGAGAAGAGUGUCAUCCGUCGCAUCAAACAUGUGGCAGGAUCCACACAGACCAGACACAUCCCGGACCACGGAUCUGAAGGCCUGGCUCUCUACAGCGUUUCCAAACUCCUGCUCAUCAUCAGCUCUGUUCUGGUGCUGCUGGUCUUUUUAAACAUGAUGCUGUUUUAUAAGCUAUGGAUGCUGGAAUACACAGCCCAGAGUUUGACCUCAUGGCAGGGUCUCAGGUCUCCGGAAAGUAAACUUCCUCAAACACAGAUUGAAUGGGCUCAACUUUUGGAGUCUAUGCAGCGUUACCAUGAAAACGAGCUGGAGAAAUGGAGGGAAAUAAUAAAGUCAUCUGUGCUGUUGUUAGAUGAGAUGAGAGAGUCUCUAAUGAAACUACAGAAAGGUAUCGGGUUAAAAGACUAUGAUUCAGACAGUGAAGAAAGGAGAAGUCGCUAUCACUGA